UGUAACGGAGAAGUCUGUGUUGCCCUUGGAGCAACCUUGAUUUGAAGGAAACGCUCCGUAUCUUGCAACGGGAAACCAUGGCACGUAUGAGAUGUGUAUGGCGGAAAGUGUUUUUCUUCGUGUUGUUCUUCGAAAGUGUCGUGUCUUUCUCUUGUGUUGGCAUAGGGGUGGAGGAAGCAACAUAGGCCGGCCGUGCAGCUGGUUCCCCUUCAAGAGAAUCAGAACGAGAGCUUCACGAAUUCCUUCGAGGAGCCGACAUCCCCUCUUAGUGUGACAAAUUCAAAGACAUAGCAACAACUCAUGCGAAAACAGCCAGAUGCUUCCCUGAGACGAUCAAAGACAAGGCGAUGUCCUUUGGUGGAGAGCAAGUCUGCGUUUUCCUCUACCGUCUAAACAAGACUAAUGAAUGAGAGACGAUGACGUCCGUUACGGCAAAUGAAUCCAACCCGGAGCUUCGGAAGCUCCUUGAAGCAGCCGACCUUUCCUCCUAUUACGACAACUUCAUCGAUAUAGGAGGGGACAAUGUGCAGCAGCUUCGUGACUGCACGUCGGACGACUUCCAGCAGGUCAUCAACCUGGUACAUAUGGCCGCCAAGCCACUUCACGUGAAGAGAUUGAAGAAAGCACUGAAAGAGUGGAAACCAAAGCCAGUCUCAAGAACGUCCACUGCGGCAGAUGGAGCAAAAGGGGAGCUUCACGAACUACUUGGACGAGCGGGUCUUCCCUCCUACCACGACAAGUUCAUACAGAUAGGCUGGGACAAUGUUCAGCGGCUUUGUGACUGCACGGCGGACGAAUUCCAGGAAGUGGUUAAACUUGUUUGCAUGGCCGAAAAGCAACUUCACGUCAAGAGAUUGAAAAAUGCGCUGGGCCAGUGGACACGACAGUCAGCCGUAACGAUGCCCAUUGGGCGAAACCAGUCGGAGCGUGAACUCCACGAGCUACUUCAGCGAGCGGAUCUCCUCGCCUACUACAACAAGUUCAUUGAGAAAGGCUGGGUCCAUGUGGAGAGGCUUUUUGACUCGACGAAAGAAGAGUUUCAAGAGGUCGUCGACACUGUUGGCAUGGCUGAAUACACAUUUCACGUCAUGAGAUUGGAGAACGCACUGGCACAUUGGCCAUGGCACACAGUUACAAUGAAGCCCACUCCGGCAAAGAAACAAGAACAAGCGGAGAUUUGCCAACUCCUUGAGCAAGCGGGACUUGGCUGUUACAAGAAGAAAUUCAUGGAAAUAGGCGCGGACAAUGUGCAGCAACUUCACGACUUGACUGGCGAAGAGUUCCAUGAGGUCAUCGACCGGGUAGGGAUGUCCAGGAAGCCGAUUCAUAUAAAGAAACUCAAGAAGGUACUCGAAGAAUGGACGAGGCACGCAGGCACAUCGCAAGUUCGCCUACCAAUACUGGUCGACAGAUCUCCUGAGACUGCGGAUGUCAGAGCUGGGAUGCGUUCUGCCAUCGACAGGAGAGACGUCGAGCAAGUGCGAAAGUGUAUGCAGGAAAAACCGUGGCUAAAGAUGUGGCUCAAUCCAGAUACGGAUGAGUCUGCUAUGCAUCGAGCUGUGAAGAUGAACGCGUUUAACGUCUAUGCCCUUCUGCUGUCGGAGAAAUGUGUAUUCAAGAACACUGCCGAAAGUGAUUGUCUUCGGGGCUUGGAUCCGCUCCAAAAGUCCGAACUCGAGCGACAAGAAAAUUUCGUAACCCAAUGCCAAGAAUCUCACAUCUAUGCCCUCAAGAGCAGAUCGAAGAGCCAAGCCGCUUGUGAAGGAUUUGACGAAGUUCUCGAUAACUUGUACCGUGCUCUCGACAGCAGCGACUUACUCCGGCCCGUGUUGAAAGUAGCAUCAAUGGCCCCCUAUUUGAGCAUUCGCUUCGACUUUGAGCGAGAGCACACCCACUGCAUGACGGGCCACGGCAGUCAAAACCACGGGUUAGCUUAUCCAGAAAAACAAAGAAUCUUUGUGGGAGCCAAGGGGCUCCACAGGGAAACAACGCAAGCCAUGAAUGAUCGUACAAAUGAAGUCGCAGGGAUCAUGGUCCACGAGCUAUGUCAUUUGGCUCUUUCUCUGGUAUACAGAAAUGAAGCAAAGCCCUACCGGCACACGGAUGCAAUCAGAAGAAAAGAUUACGCAAGUAUCCUGGAGGACGCUAAAGCUAGAAAAGAAGACUUGCAUUAUAUCUUACAAUGGGUAUUUAAUGAGGAAGCCAAAAAAGAGGAUGCAGAACUUAUUGUUCGGGUACCUCAUAUUCUUGCUCUUGAUCCUACAGAAGGCGACAAAAUUCUCAGGAAACAAGUCCCGAAGCUUUAUCAGUUCUUCAAAGAGCACGUCAUCCCUGAUAUGGUACAGUGCAUACGGAAUGGUUGUCCUAUAAAGGACAUUGAGGAAAUGAGGGAGUUCAACGGAAAAUUAGGGAGGGCGUCUUCAACAGAGGGUCUGAAAAUAGAAUUUAACACAACGCUUGACCAGAGUGAUCUUGUACGUAAGCCGUUUGUUGUCCUUGCAGCAUCAAAUCUAUCGUUCCUCGAAGUAAUGGUUAAUGAUCUCGUGAGAAAGGAAGGUGUUCCCUAUCUGUUUGUCGAGGCAUCGCAGUUGAAGCAGGAAACAUACGACACCCUAACCGUGAACAAGUGCAGCUUCCUGCUCCUAUCGUGUGAGGGCAAAGCUGACCUCCAAGCUAUUCUCUCGAAAUUGAAAUAUCUGCAUGACGUCACGGGCACGAACGUCAUUCUGCUGACGUCAAAAGCCAACUUGGUGCACUGUCGCCAAGAGGUCGAAAAGAUAGCACUAUCUGAGAGCGAAGUUCGCGAAGACAUAGGGUGUGCUAGUUAUGAGAAUGUCACAUCAAAGUGCAAGAGAGCAAUUGUCGAAAAGUCAAAGAUCGCACUUCAGGCUCCUGACCACCACUAUGAUAUUCACCGCAUCCUAGACACGGACUGGUUUUUGGAAAUUUGCGACGAGAAGGCGUUUCUAACAUUGAGCAGAAAAAAUGUUCUUCAUUUUGGCCCACAGCUGACGGCACUUAGCGAAGAUGUAAGCAAGUGCUACAUUGAACAAAAGUGUCGAAGGUCCGUAAAAGUGGAUUUGAAACAGAUCGACGAGCGUUCAAGGCACGACGCUUUCGCUAUACUCGGGUGCGAAGAGGAAACACUCCGGUCAUUUCUACCAAAACGGCAUGCUCUGAAGCGAAUGAGCACCUUGAACAAGUUCGAGGAAAUCGUCAUUCUGGACAGCGACGGUGACUACAACGAUCUUGUUGACAUGAAAUACUACAAGGGGAAGACAGUUCACCUGCUAGAAUUCAGUGAUGGAUGCUUCAUGUGGAGAAAAUCAAACGGCGCCCUAAGUCACCUUCCUAUGAUCGGUGAAGAAAACUGCUCAGCAAUUUCUCUACUUGAAAGAAGUGAGAAAGUCGUCGUUGUGUCCGGAGACUCAGGAACGGGAAAAACCGUGUUGGCGACCCGGCUUUGCACAAAAAUCAAGGACUCAGACAAGCAAGCAUGGGUGCUUCAUGUCAGUAAUUAUCCGCAGGUGCAAGAGGCUAUGACUAUACACAGUGGACAAACUGGUGUAAUUAAUUUCAUACCGUUCGCGAAGUUGUGUGGCGUGUCAACAAGCGGAGUAGAGUUUGAACUGUUCCAAGAAAGCGUCACUGAGGGACGUCCGUUUAACGUGUGGGUCAUUUUCGACGCCCUUGACGAAAUUCAGGAGACCACCCGAAAAAUUAUCCUUGAUCUCACGAAGGUCUUGGCGAAAUCAAAGCUAUCUAAGAUACUGCUUUUCACGCGCACCGUAUUUACAAAUUCGAUUCAAGAUGAAAUGCACGUGGUGUCUUUCCACAUGAACCCGUUCUCCGAGGACGACCAAGUGCAAUUUCUGCAGAAUUACACUGAUCAAACGGCACAAUCUCCAUCCAAUACUGAGGCCAUUGGCAAAACGUUCGAAAAGAUACGUCACCACGUUAAGAUGAAAGAUAGCUCCAUUCUAGGCAAUCCUCUUCUUCUCCGAAUGAUGGCCGAGGUGGGGCGAGGGGAAACUUCUGACCCCGAUUACUGCGACUUGGUACAAAGUAUAUCGAACUCUCAUAAUUGUUAUCUACUGUUAUCCGUGUACAGGUUAUUUGUCGAGUACAAAUACCUGCGAUAUCGCAAAGAAAAAAAGAAUGAGGAUAUAGGAAAAGCCGCCGCCCAAGAUGAUGACAUGAGGUUGAAGCCGAAAUUUUACGAGGACUAUGGUCGCCUAGCAGUCAAGGCUGUUCUCUCCCAGGACGUCCUCAAGGGACUACUAAGUGAAACUGAGUCCCAUGACUUGGAACCCAGUGGGACGCUAAUGACGGACGUCAAGGAGAACAGGCUAAAACACGGUCUCAUACAGGAAUUGAGCAACGAUGUGCCUCGCUUUGUGCAUCACAGCUUCGCCGAGUUUUUCGCAGCAGAUUCGCUAUUCAAGAGGCUACAAAAGGUGGAUGCUAGAAGCCGUGAAGAUAUGACACGUAUAGUCUCCAGGUUGUAUGGAGAAUCUAGCUGUGAGGGCAUGUUGAGUUUUUUGGAUGGUCUAGCAGCAGAGCGACACGUAGUACACAGCAGUAUUAUGAAUAACGACCUAGAGAGCUUCAAAGAAGCUCUAGAAAAUGAUUGCUCUCUAGACAGCCUCGAAAGAACGCCUCUGCACGUCGCGGCGCUGCACGCUGAUCAUGAUAUCUUAAAGUAUAUUCCCGUUAAUGAAGCGCUGGCACAGAAAGAUAUGAUAGGUAUGACACCUCUCAUGUACGCUGAUAAGAUUCAAUCCUGGGACAGAUUAGACGCCUUCUGCGCUCAUGGUGGCGGCUUUCCUCUCAAUUGGUUUGAACAACUACCGACGGUGCUCGCGAACCUCACCUCUCAACGAAGUCUUGAUAGUUUAUUUGUAUACGACCUCAUAUACGAGCGGCGUAAGGGACUAUUAUCUGUGCUGCUUAGAGUGUUUUGCAAAAUUAAGAUAUAUUCCAGUGACAUCUGCAUUGAGAGUGCACCACGAUGCUUCAUGGAAAACGUCAGCCCCGAUCAGGACGUGAUAUAUAACCCUGUAGAUAUUGACCGUAUUAAUUUUGUCGGUUUCUUUACGCCCUUAUAUAUCAGCAUAAUUAAUGACGAACUUGAUAUUUUCCAGAUGCUUCUUCCUUAUUCCUCACUAAACUUUAAUGAUAUGCUUUGCGAAACAGCGCUCCGUGAAUGCGUUGCUCACGGUCGUACGGACAUGCUGAAGCAUCUACUCCCUUUAACACCUGUAUUACAGUACCGCGAUGUAUGUCUGAGUAAACCUGACACUGUAGACGUUCUACUCCCACAUUUGUUGGCCGAAUUCACUAUUAAGCGGGGCCUCUUGCAUAACAGCAUUGAUAUGGGACACAAUGGAGUCACGAGAGCUAUUCUUCCUCACACUGAUGCAAGUGAUCGCAAUACAUAUGAAGGCAAAACCGCUUUACAAGUAAGCGUGAACUCUCGUUACUUGGAUACGGUGAGACUUAUGCUGCCUUACUCUGAUGUUUGUGGAAUUGACAUGCAUGUCCUAGCUCCACUUCUCAAGGAUGUUGACGACACUGAUUCACUGCUCAGACGGACACCGCAUAGGAUACGGCAGUUGGAGGACGUGGUAGACAAAAAGGGGGGUAAUGACGCAUUUGCCAUUGCACAACUCGUCAUUCUUCAUGCGAACAUCAUCUCUCUUAACAUUGACGCCAAAACAAUUCUACUGAUUUGCAUGAAGUGUAGAAACCCCCUUGCCACUUUCAAACUGUUUCUUCCUCAUCUGUCAGGCACAUCCCGUGCCAUAAGACAACAAGUAUCAGCCCAUUAUCCUUUAACGGAUGGAGAGCAGGAUAUCCUAAAAUAUCUCAUUUCUUACACUCCGAUUAACACUCCCGGUGAGGAUGGAUAUACACCACUCGUUACCUGCUGCCGUAAUGGAUACUUGACAGCGGCGAAGCUUCUCCUUCCUCUUACAGCAUUCGGCGAACUUGAAAGCUUACCAUUGCAGAGGAGUGUGCUCGGAAGCAAGUGUGAUAUCCUAGAGAUGCUUCUCCCCCACUCCUUCAAACGUCAGUGUAACAGACUCUUGUUAACUGCCUCUGACGUGACAGACAUGGAUACGAUGAAAUUACUCCUACCCGUUGCUGAUGUGAACGAUCUUGCAAUGAUGACUAAGUGGCGUGGAAUUGUGGAGCGAGGUGACGGGGCAUCGGUCCAGCUUUUUCUACCUUACACGAACACACGUGAGAGCGACAUCAGUCAGAACGUACGGUUAUUGUUGAGUGCCUGCAAAACGUCGAAAGAACAAAAACAAUAUAAAGAAGAAGAAGAAGAAAGUGAUGAUGACGACAGUGAUGAACAGAUUCGUGAAAUGCGCGUUCCACGUAUCAAAAUAUUAAAGCUGCUUAUCCUCCACUCGAGCUUUAGUAUAGUGGAUGCAGAUCGGGCUCUGCCACUCGACCGGAGCGUCGCAAACAUUCACAGGAUGGAGUUGCUCUGCCCUGAUCCGUCGCUGAAAAAGCUAAUAUUUCCACAUUGGCUACUCAGGACCCGCAGUAUAAGUGUAGCAGAGUUCAUGGAGUGCGUUGCAACCACUGAAAAGCAGGAUGUUCUAAGGUAUAUCAUUUCCUUCACCCCAAUUAACACUUGGGAUGAAAACGGAGAUACACCACUGGCUUACUGCAGCUGUAAUGGAUACUUGACAGCGGUGAAGCUUCUCAUUCCUCUUACAGCAUUUGGUGAACUUGAAAGCUUACCAUUGCUGGGGAGUGUGCUCGGAAGCGAGCGUCGUGUCGUAGAGAUGCUUCUCCCGCACUCCUUCAAACAUCAGUGUAACAGAGUUUUGUCAGUUCCGAUUUAUAUGAUAUACAUGGAUACGAUGAAAUUACUCCUACCCGUUGCUGAUGUGAACGGUCUUGCAAUGAUGACUAAGUGGCGUGGAAUUGUGAAACGAGGUGACUGGGCCUCGGUGCAGCUUUUUCUACCUUACACGAACACACAUGAGAGCGACAUCAACCAGAACAUAUCAUUAUUAUUGAAUGCCUGCACAACGUCGAAACAACAAGAAAAAGGUGAUCAAGAGGAUGAAGAAGAGGAGAAGGGAGGACAAGAAGUGGAAGAAGAGGAAGAAAGUGAUGAUGACGACAGUGAGGAACAGAAUGGUGAAAUGCGCGUUCCACGUAUCAAAAUAUUAAAGCUGCUUAUCCUCCACUCGAGCUUUAAUAUUGUGGAUGGUGAUCGGGCUCUGUCACUCGACCGGAGCGUUACAAGCAUUCACAUUAUGGAGUUGCUCUGCGCGGAUCCGUCACUGAAAAAGCUAAUAUUGCCACAUUCGCCACUCAGGACCCGCAGUAUAAGUGUAGCAGAGUUCAUGGAGUGCGUUGCAACCACUGAAAAGCAGGAUGUACUAAGGUAUAUCAUUUCCUUCACCCCAAUUAACACUUGCGAUGAAAACGGAGAUACACCACUGACUUACUGCAGCUGUAAUGGAUACUUGACAGCGGUGAAGCUUCUCAUUCCUCUUACAGCAUUUGACGAACUUGAAAGCUUACCAUUGUUGGGGAGUGCGCUCGGAAGCAAGCGUCGUGUCGUAGAGAUGCUUCUCCCCCACUCCUUCAAACAUCAGUGUAACAGAAUUUUGCCAAUUGCGUUUGAUAUGACAGACAUGAAUACGACGAAAUUACUCCUACCCGUUGCUGAUGUGAACGAUCUUGCAAUGAUGACUGAGUGGCGUGGAAUUUUGAAACGAGGUGACUGGGCCUCGAUGCAGCUUUUUCUACCAUACACGAACACACAUGAGAGCGACAUCAACCAGAACAUACCAUUAUUAUUGAAUGCCUGCACAACGUCGAAACAGCAAGAAAAAUGUGAUGAAGAGGAUGAAGAAGAGGAGAAGGGAGGAGAAGAAGUGGAAGAAGAGGAAGAAAGUGAUGAUGACGACAGUGAGGAACAGAAUGGUGAAAUGCACGUUCCACGUAUCAAAAUAUUAAAGCUGCUUAUCCUCCACUCGAGCUUUAAUAUUGGGGAUGCAGAUCGGGCUCUGCCAUUCGACCGGAGCGUCGCAAACAUUCACAUAAUGGAGUUGCUCUGCCCGGAUUCUUCGCUGAAAAAGCUAAUAUUGCCACAUUCGCCACUCAGGACCCGCAGUAUAAGUAUAAGUGUAGCAGAGUUCAUGCAGUGCGUUGCAAUCACUGAAAAGCAGGAUGUACUAAGGUAUAUCAUUUCCUUCACCCCAAUUAACACUUCGGAUGAAAACGGAGAUAGACCACGGGCUUACUGCAACCUUAAGGGAUACUUAACAGCCGCGAUGCUUCUCCGUCCUCUUACAGCAUUUGGCGAACUUGAAAGCGUACCAUUGCUGGGGAGUGUGCUCAGAAGCAAGUGCCGUAUCGUAGAGGGGCUUCUCCCCCACUUUUUCAAACAUAGCAUCGAAAUCGUGUUGCGAGUUGCCGUUACGCUCGGGCGCGCGGAUGCCAUGAAAUUGGUUCUUCCCCAUGUUAAUUUGAACGCUCGUACAGUAAUGAAAAGGACGGCGUGGCAUGAUAGCGCGCGCCGAGUUGACUGGGUAUCCGUGCAGCUCCUUUUGCCGUACACAGGUAGACACGAGAGUGACAUGAGCAUAAACACGGCGCUGCUGUUGAAUGCUUGCAAAGAGUCGAAAGCCAGUGACGAAUCAUCGAAGGCAAACCAUAAGCAGACCGGGGAAAUGGACGCUGGAGAUGUCAAAGUAUUGAAGCUGCUUCUCCUCCACGCGAGGUUCAAUAUUGUGGAUCGGGCUCUGCCACUCGACGGGAGCAUCAAAAACAUUCACAUGAAAAAGUUACUACAACCGCAUUCGAAGAUCAAGGAGCCUCGGCUUGGUGACACAGUGCGUUGCGUAAACCGCAUGCACGAACUCUCACUGCACCAUUUACUUUUUUCCUACUCAUCACAGAUGUUCCAUCACGCUUGACCGGUUCGAUUUGCCUUUCUUUCUGUCGUCAUACCAUGCUGCAAAAUAAUUACGCUCUAACCGUCAUCAUCUACUCUUCUCAUCAAUCUGACCAUUUUUGCGUCGCCGUGCCGUUCUCGAUUGAUAUUCUUUUUUUUUAUGGUGUCGUUAGCGAACGGAAUAGUAUCCACGUGCCAGGAAAUGACACUUCCUGGUGACACAGUGCAUGCAUGGGGACAUUGUCCCGACUUUAUGCCAUACCUCACUUCAGCUACACAACGGUAUAAUGCGUAAUAAUAGUAGUAUUAACAACAAUAUAAUGACGCGUUAUAACAUCGCCAGUGUAUACCUGCUUGUUCGUAGACCACGCAUUCAAUGUCUUUCGGUAAUAAAUAUUGAUGGCAGUUGA